GGUGAGUCAGCUGCGCCCCGAUCUUGCCCGGGAGGGGAUAGAGCUGGAGGUACUGAACUGGUGGGGAGCCCACGUCUGGAGUGAAGGGGUCCGAUCGGUCCUGUGUUGAGCCAAAUAGAGAGCUUGAGGUCUGGGUGGAGAGCCCCGGCCUCAGAGACCCGCCUUCCCGGCCUCAGCCCCUCCCAGUUCCCCCCGCUCCGGCCGCUUCCUGGAGCUCUCGCUACCAUGGCUGAGGAGCAACCGCAGGUCGAGUUGUUCGUGAAGGCUGGCAGUGAUGGAGCAAAGAUUGGGAACUGCCCCUUCUCUCAGAGACUGUUCAUGGUGCUCUGGCUCAAGGGAGUCACCUUCAAUGUCACCACGGUAGACACCAAAAGGCGAACCGAGACUGUCCGGAAGCUGUGCCCAGGAGGGCAGCUUCCAUUCCUGCUAUACGGCAAUGAAGUGCAUACUGACACCAACAAGAUUGAGGAAUUUCUGGAGGCAGUGCUGUCCCCGCCCAAGUACCCCAAGCUGGCAGCUCUGAACCCUGAAUCCAACACAGCUGGGCUGGACAUAUUUGCCAAAUUUUCUGCUUACAUCAAGAAUUCAAACCCAGCACUCAAUGACAAUCUGGAGAAGGGGCUCCUGAAAGCGCUGAAAAUUUUAGACAAUUAUUUGACAUCCCCCCUCCCAGAUGAAGUAGAUGAGACCAGUGCUGAGGAUGAGGGCAUCUCUCAGAGGAAGUUUCUGGAUGGCAAUGAGCUCACUCUGGCUGACUGCAACCUAUUGCCAAAGCUCCACAUAGUACAGGUGGUAUGUAAGAAGUACCGGGGGUUCUCCAUCCCUGAGGCCUUCCGGGGAGUACAUCGGUACCUGCGCAAUGCCUAUGCUCGGGAAGAAUUUGCCUCCACCUGUCCAGAUGAUGAGGAAAUCGAGCUUGCCUAUGAGCAAGUGGCCAAGGCCCUCAAAUAAACCCCUCGUUGCUCCCUGACCCCAUUCUGGUUUUUCCACAAAGGCUCCAUAUGCUAUCCAAUGGACAGACUGCAGAACAGCUUGGAAGCAAGACAUGGAGCAAUUGUGCUGAGCUGGCUGGGGGUUAGAGGAAAGGAUGGGGGUAUGGGUGUUUUUAUUGUGGGGUGGGGUGGACGUUUCAAUAAUAAAAUACAGAAAGAAAA